AUGGACCUCUCCAAGGAUGUCGAGCAGUGUGUAAAACCAGCUGCCACAGGUCCCUGGGGAGCUCAACUUUUCGACAAGGCCAUAAUCUAUGAAUCAUCUGAUUCAUCAGAGGAGAUUGUACUAGAGUUUCCAGAACUCACAAGUUCCACGAGGCGCGAACAUUGGCUAGCACUGAUAAGGGAAAUAAUGUUUCUCCACCAGUUUUUAUCGAAGUACAAUAUCAAUGGUCCAAUCCAAGCAUGGGAGAUUCAUGCAAGGACAAUAUUGGGAAUCAUAAGGCUUCAUGCAGCCAGAGAAAUGCUAAGAAUAUCACCACCUGUCCCAACGAAGUUCCUAAUAUUCUCCUUAUACAACGAGCUGCCAAAGGGAGAUUAUGUUCUCGAAGAAUUCGCAGAUAGCCUCAAGAAGGUCAAUAGCGGACACUCGUGUAGCGCAAGCUCAAUCCUUAGAAUUAUGAACAUGUAUAGGUCCAUACCUUCUGAUGAAAUAGUAGAGAAGCCAAUUCAAGAAGUUGAAAGUAGCACGAGUGCUUUAGAAGAUAGUCCUUCCUUGAAGACAGCUAUCAAACAAUCAAGGGAGGAAGAAAAGGAAGUUCUCAUCGCGAAAGCUACCACUGAAGAAUUAAAGGAUGAUGGUGUCAUCGACAGCAUUAUGGUUCUUACAGAACUAUUAAAACCACUCAAACAUGUAGUCCCAUGGGUUCAAGGAAUCUUCGCUUGGGAAAGGCCAAUAAAUACUGUUGCUGUUCUUGUUCUAUCUCUCAUAAUCACUUAUAUGGAGUGGGUUGGUAAGGCAAUCGCAUGUUUCUUGAUAUGGGUGAUAGUAAAGAUGCUUGAGGCAAGAAAAAACAGGAUAUGCGAGAAGCGCAAAGAGAUAGUAAUAAGUAGAACAAGUAUGGCUUCGGAUCAGUCCACGGUGGAGAGCAUUGUCUCAGCCCAGCAUGGAUUGUAUACUGUUCAUGAGAUCAUGCAGAUAGCUAAUAUAGCAAUGCUAAAGAUAUGGUCAAUACUUAUUUACAAGGCAGAUAAGUGAUUCCAUUUAAGUACUUCCUAAUGGGAAUCAUUCUGCAAACCUUUGCCAC